CUCCAAUAGUGUCACUGUUCAACUAAUCAACAUUUCAUUACCCUAAUAAUUAAUUCUAAAUCGCAAUAUUAAACAAAUCCCAUACUAACGAUAUAUAUAAUUCCAUCUUUAAUCGAUCCAUGUAUGAAUCAAGCCAGAAAAAUCAUGGCUUUCUUCUUCCUUACCGUAAUCACUGAGCUCUGGGAAACUCUCCUCGAACGCCGCCCCUUGCUGGUCUAUGCUGCCACGUGGACAACCUUCGUCGCCGCCACCGUGGCAGCCGCCUCCGUCGCGCCGGAGGUGGCCUUCGUGUGGGCACUAACCUCCUCCCCUUACGCGGGCGGAUGUGGUGGUGGCGCUAUUCGAAUCCUCCUCGACGCGCCGCCCGGCGAAAUAAUAUGUGUUCCAGCGGAGCUUUUUGGCCACACGGGGGUUGACUUCUUGGUACCGACGGUCUUGGCCGCCGCCGUCGUCGCCGCCGCGGCCUACGUAGUUCGAGUCGUUGGAUUAUGGGAAGCUGAGGAUAAUAGCAGCUGACCCCGAUUCAAGACUUUUAUUUUACGAACUGAUUGUCAAGAAAAAUUUAAGUUUAUGCGCCCAUAAUAUU